CACUCUGCGCCAACACCUUAGGUUAGCUCCCCUGCAAAAGAAGCGAUAUAUAACAACGCUUCUGACGAAGUUUUUUAGAAAGAAUAUUUCUCUCUAAAAACAAAAUAUCAUCAAAAGACAGAGGCGUGUUAUGAACAAUGGCAACUAGCAUGGAAGUGGACACACCUGGUGCCGGUGUAAUGGCGGUGCAGGGAACUACUGGAAGUGUUUCUGUAUCUGUGCAUCCUUUAGUCAUUAUGAACAUUUCAGAACAUUGGACGCGAGCUAGAGCCCAAGAAGGAAAGCCGGUUCAAGUGCUUGGAGCAUUAAUAGGCCAGCAGAAAGGUCGACAGAUUGAAGUGAUGAACUCUAUUGAGUUGGCAUUUGACAUUGUUGAAGGCGACAUCAUCAUCAACAUGGAGUAUUACCACACUAAAGAAGAGCAGUUUAAGCAGGUUUUUAGUGAAAUGGACUUCCUUGGCUGGUACACCACUGGUGAAUUACCCUCAGUUUCAGACAUAAAAAUUCACAAACAAAUAUUUCAAAUCUAUGAAAGUCCACUUUUCCUUAAAUUAAACCCCUUUGCCAGAAAUACAGAUCUUCCUAUCAGUGUUUUUGAGUCAGUAAUUGACCUUGUCAGUGGAGAAGCCACAGUAUUGUUUGUCCAGCUUGACUAUACUCUGGCAACAGAAGAGGCAGAAAGAAUAGGUGUGGAUCAUGUGGCCCGAAUGUCAUCUGGUGAUACAGGUGACAACUCUGCAGUGGCAGAACAUUUACAAGCCCAGCAUAGUGCCAUCAAAAUGUUGCAUAAUCGGAUUGCACUCAUCCUACAGUACAUUCAAGCUGUAGAGAAAGGUGAGGUACCUAAAGAUCAUGAUGUACUGAGAGAAGUCUACAGCCUAUGUUACCGACUUCCUGUGCUCAGCACCCUACGGUUUAAGGAAGACUAUUACAAUCAAUGCAGUGAUGUGUGUCUGAUGGCCUACCUCGGAGCCAUGACCAAAGGAUGCAACACUAUGAACCAGUUUGUAAACAAGUUCAACAUGUUAUAUGACAGACAAGGAAUGGGACGACGAAUGCGUGGCCUAUUUUUUUAAUCACACGUAAUUUAUAUCACCUUUCCCAAGUUUUACAACAAAUCAAUACCCUACCUGUCUUGCUGCACUGCAAUUCCUUCCUGUGAGAGUCUGCUUUGUGGUCAGUUUGUAUCCACUGCUCAAGGAAGGUUAUACUUCAGAAACAAGAUAGUGUGUGCAGUAGGUAGAGAAAGAACCUGUAUACUGAGAAUUACAACAUGGACAACCAAGAUCUUGUGCUUAGCAGUGGAAUUCAUCAGAAUCUACGAAAGGAAGUGCUUUUGGGUUUAUGUGCUUUGACAUUGUUAUUGUUUACAUUGUGACUAACACACACAAUAUAUAUCAAACUUGCUUUAGUACUUGUAUUUAAACAUUAAAAAGAGAUACUUAUACUGUAGAAUCAGAAUAUAGAAUUGAUAGAAGCUUAUGUUACAAGAAGUUCAUUCCUGUAAGUUAAACAAACUGAAGCUGGAUUUAACAGAUUAUAUUAUUAGUAGUAUCAUGUAAAUUGUUUGAAAAUUCCAUAAUGUUUCUUGUUGCAAAUUAAAGAUGACUAAGGGAUGUAUUGCAGACUUUGAUAAGCAUGAAGAUAUCAUUUAAAGAAAGACUGCCACAG